GACUACAUUUUUGUACUGGAAAAAUGUAAAUAUUUGAGCAUCUGGAGAAACGGAUUCCGCGUCUUCAAGUUGAGCAGACUGACCUUGAAAUAUCCUUUUGGCGGCUCUGGUCGCCCGUAUAUCCGUUUUGCCGCCGAUUCAGCAAUGGCACUGGAAAAGAUGGAUGUUGAUUUUUCAGCCACGGUUGAUGAAAAAAUUCCAGUUUUCAAAGAACUAGCUUCGGCUGGAAAAAUAGAUGAGGCACUUGAAAAGUGUUCCGCUCUUGAGAAGCAAACGCGAACCGCAUCUGAUGCUAUUUCGACGGGUCGUUUGCUUACUUGCAUAGUAGAAAUUCUUGGGGACGCAAACCAAUGGGACAAAUUAAACGAGAACCUUGUAUUGAUGUCAAAGAAGAGGAAUCAGCUAAAACAAGCUGUCACUAAAAUGGUCCAGGCGGCAAUGGGUUAUCUAGAUAAAACACCCAACGAACCAGUUAAAUUGGGAUUAAUUAGCACAUUGCGAACGGUCACAGAAGGAAAGAUCUACGUCGAAGUUGAACGGGCAAGGCUCACACGGCUACUUGCUGACAUCAAGGAAUCCAAAGGAGCUAUUGACGAAGCUGCAGAUAUAUUGCAAGAAAUCCAGGUCGAGACUUUCGGUUCCAUGGAGAAACGCGAAAAAGUUGAAUUCAUUCUGGAACAAAUGCGACUCUGUCUGGCCAAAAAAGAUUUCAUUAGAACUCAAAUAUUGAGCAGGAAAAUUUCUCCGAAAUUUUUCCAGGAGGAAGGAACAGAAGAUCUAAAACUGAAGUUUUAUAGACAAAUGGUUAUGGUGGAUCUACAGACUGACUCAUAUUUAUCAAUAAGCAAACACUACUGGGAAAUGUACAACACAAAAACGGUCAAAGGAGACGAUUCCGAAAAGCUGAAGGCUUUGCGCAAUCUUGUUGUGUAUCUUAUCCUCUCCCCAUAUGACAACGAGCAGCAUGAUUUAAUGCACCGCUGGAUGAAAUUGCGUGACCUAGAGGCCCUUCCUGAAUAUGUGUGUAUGCUGAAAGCCUUUACCACCCAAGAACUCAUGCAAUGGGACGAUUUUUGUGAAAAGCACGAAGCAACUUUGCGAAACGAGACAGAGGCAUUUUCUACUUUGAAUGGGUCAAAAGGUCCCGAGCACGCUCUUAAGGAUCUCCAGGCUCGUGUCACUGAGCACAAUAUUCGCGUUAUUUCUGCUUACUACACGCAAAUAAGGCUUGUUCGUCUCGCUGAAUUGCUAAAUCUCAACGUUGACGUAAGCCCUUCUUGUGUUACUGUGCUAUUUUCUACAAUUUAUGAUGUCUGA